AGAGGCUGGCCACAAAGGGGUAAAGUUCACUGGAAAUCAAGCAAGUGUAGAGAAAGAGAGAGAAGGUGAAUGUGUAUGAUAGCUGGACACAGCACUGUCAAGGAGACACACACCCUCCACCUGACAUAGCACCGGCUCUCAGUGAUUGGGCCAAAUCUGAUCAAGACGACCCACAGCGAGUCCAUAGUUUCCUAAUGUCCUGUAUAGCUGGUUUGGAGACAGAGAGACCAGUGUGAGAGAAGUGACAGUGGAGAGCUGGGAAGAGGUAAUUUCCAAUUUUACCAGGCAACAUGCCACAGAUCCAAGUCAAAACUCCCGUUAAGAAAGUCCUCAAUAAAACCACACCUGGGUUGCAGAUAUGGAGAAUAGAAGACAUGGAGGUGGUUCCCUUCCCUUCAAAAGCAUAUGGGCAAUUUUUUGAAGGAGACAGCUAUAUCAUCCUAUAUACUACUCAGGUACACAGCUCUUUCACCUAUGACAUCCACUUUUGGUUGGGGAAGUCCACCUCUCAAGAUGAGCAGGGGGCGGCAGCCAUCUACACCACCCUGAUGGAUGACCAUCUGGGGGGAGUGGCUGUACAACAUCGUGAGAUGCAAGGCUACGAGAGUGACACUUUCCGAGGAUACUUCAAACAGGGCAUUGUUUACAAGAAGGGUGGCGUUGCAUCUGGAAUGAAGCAGGUUGAAACCAACACCUACAACAUUCGCCGACUGCUCCACGUUAAAGGGAAGAAGCAUGUGGUGGCAGGAGAGGUGGAUAUGACCUGGAGUAGCUUCAACAAGGGGGAUGUAUUCCUACUAGAUCUGGGCAACCUCAUCAUCCAGUGGAAUGGACCCAGGAGCAACCGUCUGGAGAGACUAAAGGGAAUGAAUCUUGCCAAGGAUAUCCGUGACAGGGAAAGAGGUGGCCGGGCACAGGUGACUGUUGUAGAAGGAGAUGACGAGAAGGCAUCGGAGGAGACAAUUAAACUGAUGAAAAAGCACCUUGGAGAAAAACAAGACAUCAAGGAUGCCAUCAUACCCGAUGACAUAGUGGAUGACAAGCUGAAGUCCAGUGUGAAACUCUUCCAUAUCUCAGAUGCCCAAGGAAACCUGGUGAUUCAGGAGGUGGCUGUAAAGCCCCUGACACAGGACCUGCUCAAUCACGAGGACUGCUACCUUUUGGAUCAAGGCGGUAUAAGAGUCUUCAUUUGGAAAGGAAAGAAGGCCUCAAAGACAGAGCGAAAUGGGUCAUUGGAUAAAGCAGAAGCAUACAAAAAGGCAAAGUGCUACCCUCCCUCAACUUACGUGGAGACAGUGAAUGAUGGUUCAGAAUCUUCAGUUUUUCGCCAGUUGUUUCAAAAGUGGGUGGUGAAGGGACAGAUUACAGGGAUGGGAACCACCAACAGCCCAGGAAAAAUUGCUAAGGUUGAGCAGGUCAAGUUUGAUGCAACAUCUAUGCAUGCAAGGCCUGACCUGGCAGCUCAGCAGAAAAUGGUGGAUGAUGGAUCAGGCGAAGCUGAGGUAUGGAGGAUAGAGGACAACGAGAUGGUACCUGUAGAGAGGAAGUGGUUGGGUCACUUCUAUGGAGGGGACUGCUACCUCAUACUCUACAAAUAUGAAGUCAGCAGCAAGAUCCAUUACAUCCUGUAUAUGUGGCAGGGUCGCCAUGCAACCACAGCAGAGCUCACAGCCUGUGCUUUUCACGCUGUGGCCCUGGACCAGAAAUACCAUGGAGAGCCAGUCCAGGUCCGCGUACCAAUGAGCAAAGAGCCACUUCACCUCAUGGCUAUAUUCAAAGGAAAGAUGGUGGUCUAUGAGGAGGGGAGCUCCAGAAUAAGCACCACACAAACCCUGCCUGCUGUCCGUCUGUUCCACGUGCACGGCACAAAUGAAUUCAACACCCGUGCCAUUGAAGUGCCAGCUCGCUCUUCUUCCCUCAACUCCAAUGACGUGUUUGUGUUCAGCACAGAUACAUGCUGCUACCUGUGGUAUGGAAAGGGCUGCAGUGGUGAUGAGCGAGAGAUGGGCAAAUCUGUGGCAGACAUAAUCUCCAGGAGGGAAAAGCAAGUCCUCGCAGAGGGCCAGGAGCCAGCACACUUCUGGGUGAACCUGGGAGGAAAGUCCCAGUAUGCCAGCAGCAAGAGACUUCAGGAAGAGCACAGCAACAUCACCCCACGUCUCUUUGAGUGCUCCAAUCAAACGGGACGUUUUCUGGCAACAGAGAUCACAAAUUUCAACCAGACAGAUCUCGAUGAGGAUGAUAUAAUGCUGCUGGAUAUCUGGGAUAUGGUGUUUCUGUGGAUUGGCAAUGGAGCCAAUAAAGAAGAGAAGGAAGCGGCCAUCAGCACAGCACAGGAAUAUCUGCUCACCCAUCCUGGGGGUCGGGAUGUGGAAACCACCAUUGUACUGGUCAAACAAGGCUUUGAGCCUCCCACAUUUACAGGGUGGUUCAAAGCCUGGGACCCCAGCAUGUGGAGUGGGGGGAAGUCCUAUGAAGAACUCAAGGCUGAGCUUGGGGAUGCCACUGACUUAAUCCAAAUUACAGUGGUGAGUAGAAGGCCCAACUCCACACAAACCUCUACAGAAGUGGGAGUUCGGUCUCCCACUGUUCUGUCCAUCUUCCCUGCUGACAAGCUGGUCAACAGCCUGGCUGAGGACCUCCCAGAUGGAGUGGAUCCCACUAGAAAAGAGGAGCACCUCUCAAAUGAAGACUUUGCUCAGACUUUGGGUGUGUCCAGACCAGACUUCUAUUCCAUGCCGUUGUGGAAGCAGCAGAAUCUGAAGAAAGAACAUGGUCUGUUUUAAGAUGAGGAAAUGUACACAAUAGGUUUAAUCCUGACCUGAUGAUAUCAAAUAGUCGAUACCUGAAGAAAAAAUUGAAUGAAAUUGAAUUCCAUUUAAAUGUGUCUGUUAACCCUUUACAUUUGUCAGGCAAUUCAAUUGUUGAUGCUCUGCACUGUUCAAGGUUAUCAGUUGAUUCACACAACAGAGAAACUACUUUGUCAAAAUAGAUCCCAUUGUGAUCAGAGGCCCAAUUAUGCUUGUUCAUUGUAUGCUUAAUCCGAGAAUGUCUGGAUCAGUGAUAACUGAAAGAUUGGCGUUCAUUGUGUAAAUUAUAUUGCUAAUAAACUGUUGCUACAUAAUCUACAAUUGAGUAAUCAAACAAUCUGCCACAUAAGAAUUUGCCCCAUUAGACUUUACAUAGACACUGUUAUAAAAGUCACUUUUUUCCUGUAAAGAAACUUUUGUCAACAAAAUUCCAGUAAGGUCUCAUUUUUAUAGAUUAAUGUUGGCUCUGUUCGUGUAUUUAUUUUUGAGGGCCUCAACUAGAUUGAAUAGGAAACUAAGUAGAUGUCAUGUAUUUCACAAUUUGUGUCAAGAUCUAAUACACCAGAUUAAAUGAGACUCAAAUGAAAAUAACUGUUAUUUGGCUUUCUGUUGUUUGAUCUCUUUGCAUAGAUUCAUUAGUUAGAUCUCUUUGCACAGAUUAAUAUGUAAAUUGAGGUAUUUCAGUUGCCAUACUAACUAGUCAAUAAACAACAU